AUGGAUGUAAACGACAAUGUUCCUUAUUUCGUAUAUCCCGAAACUGACCCCUAUACUUUUGAAAUCCAUUACCCCCCUUUGCUCACCCCAAAUAAUAUUACAGUAGUACAAGCCCGAGAUAACGACAGCAGAGAAAAUGCAUUUUUAAACUAUCAGAUUGCUCGGGGAAACGAUAAACAAUUGUUUAACAUCAAUCGAUACAGCGGCCAGUUAUCGUUUAACCCUAUCGUAACCAAAAACGACGAGGGCCUGUACAAUCUGCAGAUCGUCGUCAAAGACAGUGGCUAUCCCGUUCAGUCAGCAAUGACAACUCUCAGCUUGCUUCUGACCGUUGCAAACGAAACCACCCAGAGCCUCUCCGCCGUCCAGAUAACAUCCGACAUUAAGGUACACAAAAGUCUGGCUGUCGUGACGGUCCUGAUUGCGAUGACAGUGUCUGUUAUUGUUGUUGCUUCCGUCACUCUGGGUGUCGUCAGGGCCAAAGACCGUUUCCAGAACGCACGCGAAGAAGACAGUGACGAUUCAGGCAAGUGCUUAAGCAAGCAAAGACGGCUGAUGGGGUUCUCGCAGCAGACCAUACCCCAGUUUGGAUGCUCCACUUCAAAGCCAGAAGCUUUGGACAAGAUCAGAGAUUCGCGGCUCCUUACUUUCCGUCAAGAAUCAGAUUGCUUUCUCAAAGAAUCUGAAAACGACGAGCAAAGAUGUGAUCCAGCUUUAUCUACAAAUAGAAAUCAACAGGUAAGUUCAAUUUUUAGAAUAAAAUAA